AUGCCUUCCUUUCACACUUUGAAUGAGCUCAGAAUAUUCGCAUACAAUCUAAGAGGUGUACGUAAAGGAUCGUUACCAGAACGCACGUACAACGGUGGUGCUGCUGCUGCUGAGAGCUUUGUUGGCAAAUCACAUACAAAAACUUCGUAUCGUAUUCAGAAAGCGUUCAGUGUUAACGAAAACGAAAUUUCAAUGGCGGAUGCUGCAGGCGGUGAUCAUCUGCCGUCUGAUGCGGUGAAUGAAAAUCUGAUCGGAAAGGAAGAUAGUCCACCGUCGGUGGCGCUCGUUGAGCCGUCAGAAUUUGAUGGUGCCGAAGGCACGGGUGGGUGUGCUGUGGUUAUUUGUUGUUAUUGUGCUCGUUACGGUUACCAUUCUGAUCGUUAUUUUCAAUAG